GGUUACUUGUAAACGUGAACAAUGGAUAAAGGAUAAAUAAAGAUGAGUUGUGAGUUGGCUGCACGCGCAGUAGAAAUGGUUGAAAAAGAUAUUAAUGCAUAAGAAGGAUUUAGUUGUAUCAAUAUUAUGUGACUUCGGCGCCCGAUGGCUGGGUGUACAAACUGCUGAUCUCGGAAGAUUUGAACCCUGGAUUACCUCGCUUCGGAUAUUCCGUUUUGGACUCUAGCGCCCCCUGACGUCAUCACCUCGUGUGGUUACGUGACCACGCCAGGGCCAGGUUGGACAUAGUGGGGCCCCCCUCGUGUAUGCCAGGAGACAAAUUUUUGACCUCGACAAUGUACGACGCUUCAGACGAGGGGGAGGACGAGGGAGCGGCGGGAGAGAAUGGAGGUGGUGGUUUUCAACAAAACACAUUCAACAUGAUUGGAGCCACCGGAAGCCGUCACAUCAACCAAAGACGUCGGGCCAGCCUGGCUGCCGGGACGCCCCUGCCCCUGUCCCUGGUGCAUAACUUGGAGCAGGUGGCGGAGUCGGACGAGAGCAGGGGUGCCGUGGCCCGCAGGCGAGUUGUGGAUACCUCGGAUUUACGCACCUGCGCCAUCUUGCAGUCACGUCUGAAAGAGCUGAAGACGUACCCAGAGAUGGCCACCUUCCAGGCCACAGCUAGCCAGCAGGAGGACGGAGAGAAUCAAACGAAUCAAGAUGGCCCUUUCAGUCACAUUUCUAGGAAAGCAGCUCUGCUAGGACUCACCGGUAUGGCGACUCAGUCAACCAGGUCCCUGUUCAUCUUCAGCGAGGAGAACUUCAUCCGAAAAUACGCCAAGAUAAUUAUAGAAUGGGGAUAUCCUUUUGCUAAAAAUAGAAGAGUGGAAAAAAAGGGAUGAAUGAAAUAAGUUGGGGAGAGAGUCGUUUGAAUCUUUGAGAGUUGGCCAGUGAGAUCUACGUCUAUGUGUAUACUUUAUCUAUGUUUGUUAAAUCUAUGUGUAUGUGAGGGUGUAUUACAGUGUACGUGGUCAAUGUUAACUGUGAUAAAAAGAACUGGAU